GACUGCGCGAGCAGAACCGUCAUCCGUUCAUUCAAUUCCUCGCAGACGUUGAACUAUUCAGAGCUCCAACAAUGGCCUCCGGUGUGAAAGUCACAGAUGAAGUUAUCGCGAUCUUCAACGACAUGAAGGUGCGUAAAGCUCAGGCCAAUGAGGACGAGAAGAGGAAAAGGAAGAAGGCUGUCCUGUUCUGCCUGAGCAAAGAUCUCAAGAACAUUGUUCUGGAUGAAGGCAAUGAGAUCCUGCAGGGUGACUUGGGGGUCACCGUUCAGGACCCUUACCAAGAUUUUGUGAAGAUGCUCCCUCCCAACGACUGCCGCUACGCUCUGUAUGACGCCACGUAUGAGACCAAAGAAACAAAGAAGGAGGACCUAGUCUUUAUCUUCUGGGCUCCAGACAGUGCUCCACUGAAGAGCAAGAUGAUCUAUGCCAGCUCAAAAGAUGCUAUUAAGAGGAAAUUUGAAGGUAUCAAACACGAGUGGCAGGUGAACGGUUUGGAGGACCUGAAGGACCGGCACGCUCUGGCAGAGAAGCUCGGCGCAGUAGUCAGCCUGGAAGGAUGCCCUAUAUAAUUACUCCUCCCUUCUUCUCCGGCUUCGAUCGAAUCCUUUCAGACACAUCUGUCGGGUUUAGCUGUUCAUUCCAGUUUGGGUUUGGAGAAGGGCAUAAGCAGAACUAGCAUCAUUUGUGGGACUCUGGGAGGGGUGCAGCAGGUGGGUUUGGGGUUUCAGGGACUCGAUUAAAAAAAAUAUGGCAGGCUCUAGUUCUCGCAACAUAAAAGUUUAUGAAGAAAUUACGCAUGAAGAAAACUGUUAAGAUGCAACUGAGGAAGGAUGAUAAAAGUUUAAAAUACACUUGUUCAUGUUUAACAACAGGGUUUUGUUCUUUACGGGUUCCACUUGAAAGACUGCAGAGAAAGGGACAGAAAUUUACCUUUUUCUUUUCCAAUCACUGAAUCCUGACAAUUAUUCCAGCUUCUUUUAUUCUUUUUUUCUUUUUGCCAAACUUCUCAUUAUAUAGUGUGCGUGUGUAAUUUUAAAAUGGGUUUAGUAGUAGAACCAAUUCAUUCUUGAUUGCACAAAACAAGUAUCAAAACCUUCUGGGGGAAUGAGGUCAAAUUUUAUUUUAUUUUUUUAAACAUGCAAUUUAAAAAAAACUUGAGUGAUUCCUUUUUAUUUCCGGUUGCAUCAGAACACCAUAUUUGAUGUAGAUAAAACACAUUCCUCGUGCUCGUUAAAACCAAGAUUUCCUCGUUUUGAAGCCUCCGGUGUUGUUUUGUUGGGGAGCGAUGUGAUGUGAAGGAUGAGUAAUCAGUGACUCAAAACUGAAUGGAUGUUUUGUAUCGUCUCCUUAUCUCUAAUAAAAAGCGCUAAACUACU